UAAAUCGUGGUGUGCUCGAGUUGGUUUGCCCUUCAGUCUUUUUUGAUUCAUACCCAAGGGUUUUCUGCUUUGAAGCUCUCUUCCGGCAGUGCAAGCAGUCCUCAUUUGGCAGGCGAACCUGAUUCCAAUUCGCCCGCAAGCAUAACGUUAGCUGCCGACCGAAGCCGACUGACUGACCACCAUCAUGGGCACCCGGCACCUUAUUUGCAUCUUCUGGAAGGGGAAAUGGUACCUCGCGCAAUACGGCCAGUUCGACGGCUACCCCGAGGGCCAAGGCGUCAAGAUCAUCAACUUCUUGUCGGUGGCCCGCAACGUCGAGAAUCUCAAAGCCGGCCUGGAGCACAUCUAUGAGCCGACGUCUGAGGAGCUGGACGCCAUCUGGGAGGAGUGCGAGGCCUGGGACGCCAACCGCCGGGCGCAGCAGCAGCAACCCUCCUCCAUAUUUGAGCGCAACAUGUACGGCAUCAACCAGCUUUACCCCAGCCUGGCUCGGGACACCUCAGCUGGCAUCCUGGGUAUCAUUGCCCGCGCGGCCCAGACUGAAGAAGAGGACCGCGCUGAGAAGAAGCCGAAGAAGAUCCCCGUGCACCUCGAACUCGAAUUUGCAAACGACACCCUCUUUUGCGAGUGGGUCUACGUCAUCGACCUCGACAAGGAGGUGCUCGAGGUCUACGGCGGCGGUGAGCGCAAGCACGACGGCCACAGGUUCAAGGACGUUGGGCCCGAGGACGCAGCUGUACCUGCGUUCCUGUGCUCCUUUGCUUUCUCGGAAAUCUACCUGAUGAAGAGCCCCGAAGAGUUCUUGGAGAAAGCCCAAGUGCUUGCAGCCAAGCGUGCCCAAACGAGGGCAACGGUGGCUGGGGCGAGUGGGCCAACGGUGACUGGGGCGAGUGGGCCAACGGUGACUGGGGUGAGUGAGGAGGACGUGGCCGAGCUGUACAAAGAGAACGAGGCCGGAGACAAAGAAGAAGAGGAAGGGGAAGGGGAAGAUGAGGAGGAGAAAGUCAUCUCGGAGGGUCGCGUACAGGACGGUCGCUAGGUGGAGGGACCACCGUGAAAGCGCCGAGUCCGCUUCUCAGUCGUGUACUUAUUGAACCCAUGGACAAAGUGCAGUUGUGCCAGUCAUCACCGGCUUCAGAGUUUUCUCGACCAAGCUCUCUCUGCCUGGGGCGUUCGGACUGGGGCUCCAGGGAUCCAUGGAUCCACCAGCAGCCUCAACCAUUCAGUGCUUCAACCACUCACUGCACUCCUUGGCGGGUCAGCCAAGAUCAAGAUCACCCUAUCCUGCC